ACCACAAUACGUAAAAGCAAUUUCAGUAGUCUUCUAUAGAAAUUUUUUAGUUCAAGUAGGUACGCUUGCUGAUGCUAUUUGGCGGUAAUUUAAUUCAGUUAAAAGAAAAAACACACCAAAAACAUGCUGUUCUCAAACCAUGGCUGCUUACAACAUUUUAGCCACCAUAAAUAUAUGGAUUUUUUUAAUGCGACGUCGUCUGUCAAUGGAUGCUGCUAUUUAAUAUUCAACUAUACGAAUAGAGGAUGAGAUGGUUCGCUCAACAAGGUGAGGUGAUUGAUACUAUAAGGGCAAAACGCAAUGACUGUUGAAAAGAGAAUUGUUUUGGUUGGGAUUAGAAUUGAUGGCUAUAGCAGACAGCUCCUCAACUGGGCACUUGCCAAAGUUGCUGAGCCUGGGGAUUGUGUUAUAGCAGUUCAUGUUGUUAAAAGUUCGGAUUAUGUUUCCAAAAACAAGACUCUGAUAGAUGGCUAUUUAGAAGUUUAUGAAGGCCUAUGUGGUGUGAAGAAGGUAGGUCUCACCGGUCAAAUCUUCACAGGAAGCUCCAUUAAAAACAUUCUUGUUAGAGAAGCUAAAAAGCAUGCUGCCCUGGCUCUAGUGUUAGGGGGUCGAGCUGCCACAGCUAAAUAUUGUGCUAAACGUCUACAACCCACCACCAAUGUUCUAGCCAUUCAAGACUCAAGAAUUGUCUUCAGAAGUUGCACCAAUAAACAACUACCAGGUGGUCUUAUACUGGAUCCAAGACCAAGUUUAACAAUCAUAAAAGAAAACUUGCGUGACAGAGCAAUCCACUCUUCAAUUUGUGACUCCAUCGUGGAGAUUGAGGAAUCAACGCUCAAAAAUUCCUUAGAAUCGAAGGAAGAAGCGUUUAAUGGGUCAGAAAAGAGCAAGUCAAGGUCAAUAUCCAUGUUUGCAGGUGAUUCUGCCGAACAGAAGCUUGGAUGGCCUCUACUCCGCAGAGCCAAUUCAGGAAUGUCACAAACCCUUCAUACAAGGGACAUGUCAGUAGUACAAUGGGUUAUGACCUUACCAGAUCGUUCACCAAAUAAAGGUUCUAGCUCUUCUUCCACUGAGGAAAAUCCAUUUGAAAGGAGCAUCAGCGAUAUUGAAUAUGAGAGCUCUUCAAAUUCCUCUCCUUCAUCUGUUGAUAUACCAAAUGGCCUGGAAGAGAUGUUAAAUUUAAAUUCUCUAAAUUGCAAGCGGUUCAGCCUUGAGGUUCUGAAGUCUUGCACUAGCCAAUUCUCUUCAGAAAAAUUGGUUGGGAAAGGAGGGAGCAAUCGUGUGUACAAAGGAGUCCUCACUGAUGGAAAAUCAAUCGCAGUUAAAGUAAUGCAGUCAUCAAAAGAAGCAUGGAAAGAUUUUGCCCUUGAGGUGGAAAUAAUAUCCUCAUUGGAGCACAAAAGCAUUGCCCCUUUACUUGGGAUUUGCAUAGAGAACAAUACUUUAAUAUCUGUUUAUGACUAUUUCCCCAAUGGCAGCUUAGAGGAAAAUCUGCAUGGAAAGAACAAGGAUGAAUCCAUCUUGUCAUGGGAAGUAAGAUUUAAUGUGGCUAUUAGGAUCGCUGAGGCCCUUGAUUACCUACACAGGGAAGCUUUGAAGCCUGUCAUACAUAAAGAUGUCAAGUCGUCUAACAUUCUUCUCUCCCAAGGGUUUGAACCUCAGUUGUCUGAUUUUGGACUAGCAGUAUGGGGACCAACAACUUCAUCCUUUUUGACCCAAGAUGUAGUUGGAACAUUUGGUUACCUUGCUCCUGAAUACUUCAUGUAUGGAAAGGUCAGUGACAAGAUAGAUGUCUAUGCCUUCGGUGUAGUUUUACUUGAACUAAUAUCAGGAAGGGAACCUAUCAACUCGGCAGCUUGCAAAGGACAGGAGAGCUUGGUCGUGUGGGCAAAACCAAUAAUAGAGAGUGGGAAUGUUAAGGGCUUAUUGGACCCAAAUUUAGAAGGGAAAUUUGAUGAGGCCCAAUUGCAAAGAAUGGUUUUGGCAGCAUCUUUAUGCAUCACACGGGCUGCUAGACUUCGUCCUAAACUGAGCCAGAUACUGAAGAUCCUAAAAGGAGAAGAGAAAGUUGAAUAUUUCUUAAACUCUCAAGGAGAUAAUGAUCAGGAGGAUUCAGAAAAUCAAGAAAACAUUGAUGACGAAGUGUAUCCAAAUUCAAGUGCAGAGUUACACCUAAGUCUUGCAUUACUUGGUGUUGACGAUGACAGUACAUCACAUAGUAGCACAGACCACAGCUAUAGUGAAGACUUGAAAGAACAAUGGAGCAGGUCAUCAAGUUUUAAUUAGUUUUCUUCAAUUUCUAAGUUCCUAACACCUAUUUCGUCAUUAGUUUUGUGCGUGUACAGUUACGUUAAAAAAACAACAAACGCGAAAACAAAGGAGUUGCGCCCCUUGAUGAGGUGGUUUGUAGAUUUAGAAUGGCAGUUUUCUUUUGAAUUUAUCAGGGAACAAUGUACUAAUUUUUGGAUUUAUGCACAAAUCAUAUAGGCAAUGGUUGAAAUAUAAUGCGACUUUUAUUUCUCUUACCCAUUA